AUGAAGAUAUUUUAUUUCUUUGUCAUUUUUCAUUGUAUUAGUAAUAGUAUUAAUUAUCAAUUAGAUACGUUAGCUAUAAUUGGUGAUAAGAAUAUUACACAUCGAAAUUAUAGAAUUACGCAAUCUUUUUCGAAACUAUCUAUCAAUGGACCAUUUUAUUGUUAUGUCACAUGGACUAAUACGGAUCAAACAUUAGAUAUUUAUACAGAUAAUAAUAUUCAUCCAUAUGUUAUUAUAAAUAUCGAAAAUGAUAAAUUAAAAAUAACAAUUCAAUCGAAUAUAAAUUUUAAAUAUACAAAAAUGAAUAUUUAUCUUAAUUUACAUCCAUUUAUCACGGAAAUAUUCUUAGCAGGAAUUAGUACUUUAUAUAGUAGAAAUCUAUUGAAUAUGAAUCAUCUAUUAAAAUUACAUACACAAGAUACAACUAAUCUUAUACUUCAAUUAGAUGUAUUCGAUCUUAAUGCACUUUUUCUAUCAGCUGGAACAACUAAAUUAAUAGGUCAUGUAAAACAUAAAGCAAGAAUUCGAUACAAUGGUAUCGGUGAUGUUGAUGCACUUUAUUUAAUUUGUAAAUUUGUCGAUCUAACUGCAAACGCACUUGGUACUAUAUGGAUAACUGGUACAAUGGAAUGUGCUAUAAUAGCAGAGGGUAUAAGUAUUGUACGAUACAAUUGUUCGAAUAUAAAUCAUAUUCAAUCAAUUGAUUUAGCUCAAAUAAUUUCUAUUUAA